ACGUACUCGUCAAUCGGAUUGUGGUUUGGGAUCGGUUAGGCAUUAAAUGAUUGCAAGGAGUGGAAAUGACUUAAAAUGUGCUAAUUCAAAUACAUUUAACAAAAUUCUAUAUAUAUAUGAACAUGAUAAAUCCCGUUACGAAUCAAGAAGCAGUAUAUUCUGCAACUUACGUUGAUAAUUAUCUUGACUGUGUUGAAAAUCUACCUGAUGAUUUACAGAGAUAUUUAUCUCGAGUUCGUGAACUUGAUAUUAGUUAUAGAGCUUGCAUUCGGGAGGUGGAAAAUAACUAUGAAACUUUGAAUAAUAUAAAUAUGAGUCCAGAUCAUGCUGUAUUUGUUAAUAGAAAGUCCAAAGUCAUCAACCGCAUACAGCAAUCUUUAAUAUGUGCACAGGAAUUGGGUGAUGAAAAACUUCAAAUUGUACAACAACUGCAGGAUCUAAUUGAUAAUAAAUCAAGACUAUUAGAUCAAAAUUAUAAAAGUUUAGAUUACAAUAAAGAUGAACCUGUCAUUGAACCACUGAAAGAAGUAUCUAUCACUCCAAACCCAGCAACGCCUACAUUACCACUUCUUACAAAUGUAACUUGUUCUACAUCAGCUAGUUGUACUGUAAGUUCACUUCAACAUCAAAACUCAGGUGAACGUGCAUCAAAACGUGCUCGUAGAACAAAAAAUGAAACUCAAGAAAUCAGUAGUAGUGAGAACAGCGUUUCAGUUGAACAGUCGCCUGCCAAACAAGUUUCCACCAAUAUAUGUGCAAAUACUUCUACAAAUAAGAAAGCAGGUGGUGGCAAAAAGAAAAAGCGGAAAGCACGUAAUGUUCAACAAACGAUACAAAGAGAAAGGAGCAAUACUCCACCUCCAGAAGAACCAGACACCAUUGAUCCUGACGAACCAACCUAUUGUCUAUGUGACCAAAUAUCAUUUGGUGAAAUGAUUUUAUGUGACAAUGAUCUAUGUCCAAUAGAAUGGUUUCAUUUCUCUUGUGUUGCACUCAGUACAAAACCAAAAGGUAAAUGGUACUGUCCAAAAUGUAGAGGUGAUCGACCAAAUGUUAUGAAGCCUAAAUCACAAUUUCUCAAAGAACUUGAGAGGUACAAUAAACAAAGAGAAGAGAAGUCAUAAUAUAAAGAUUUUAUUUUUUUAAAUUUUAUUUAA